CUUCCGGCGCGGUGGGCGGUGCUCCGUGGCGUGGCGGGGCCGUCAUGGCUGCUCUGCAAAGUGCGCCGGUGGAGCUGGGCUUCGCCGAGGAGGCGCCCGCGUGGCGGCUGCGCAGCGAGCAGUUCCCCAGCAAGGUGGGCGGGCGGCCGGCGUGGCUGGGCGCGGCGGGGCUGCCGGGGCCCGGGGCCCUGGCCUGCGGGCUCUGCGGCCGGCCGCUGGCCUUCCUGCUGCAGGUGUACGCGCCGCUGACCGGCCGCGCCGACGCUUUCCACCGCAGCCUCUUCCUCUUCUGCUGCCGCGAGCCGCCGUGCUGCGCCGGCCUGCGAGUUUUCAGGAAUCAGUUACCGAGGAGAAAUGACUUUUACUCAUACGAUCCCCCUCCUGAGAAUCCUCCCCCAGGGACAGGCGAUUCUGUGUGUCUCCAGCUGAAGUCGGGUGCCCACCUCUGCAGAGUGUGUGGGUGUUCAGGCCCCAAGGCCUGCUCCCGAUGCCACAAGGCCCAUUACUGCAGCAGGGAGCAUCAGGCGCUGGACUGGAAGAUGGGACAUAAGCAGGCUUGUGCACAGCCAGAUCAGUUGGACCAUAUAGUUCCAGACCACAAAUUCCUUUUUCCGGAAUUUGAAAUUGUCGUAGAAACAGAAGAUGGGAUAACGCCUGCAGUUGUGGGAAAGGAAGAUGACUCUGAGGUUGUAGAGAGCUUGGGAGAAGCACUUGAGGAAGAACUAGAUUCCAUGGCAAAGCAUGAAUCCCAGGAGGAUAAAAUUUUCCAGAAGUUUAAAACUCAGAUAUCUGGCGAACCAGAACAGAUUCUCAGGUAUGGCAGAGGUAUUACCCCCAUCUGGAUUUCUGGUGAAAAGAUCCCUCAAGAAAAGGAUAUUCCAGAUUGUCCCUGUGGUGCCAAGAGAAUACUUGAAUUCCAGGUCAUGCCACAGCUGCUGAACUACCUGAAGGCCGACAGCUUGGGCUGCAGUGUUGACUGGGGCGUCCUGGCCAUCUUCACUUGUGCCGAAAGCUGUAGCUUGGGCAGCGGCUAUGCAGAGGAAUUUGUUUGGAAGCAGGAUGUCACAGACACCCCUUAAGGACAUCCCAAGCCUCAUAAGUGUCACUUGUCUUCUUAGCUUCCAGUUCUAAGGCUCAGCUUUGUUCUAAGGAAAGGAUUAAACUAGAAAUAGAGGACCCAAGGAGUUGCCUGAGGCAUUUAAAAUGCCUAAAUAUCAGUAUAACAAAAAUGCCCUGUUUUAGGGAAUUAAAUAAAUUUUAGUACAUGUACAAGGGAAGAUAUUACAAUCUUCAUGAUACACACCUAUGUGGAUACCAAAUAAGAUACAGAUCUAAAUUGACACCAAGACACCAUUAGAGAGGGCAUUGUGAAAAAUUAUUUACAUAUGUAUAUGUGCGCAGACACGUCUAGUCACCAAUGAAUGGCAGGAUGAAGUGAACUGUCUUUACUUGUAUGUACAUUUAUUUCUACGAUUAAAACAGGUUAUGUCUCUAACAACCAAA